UCUCACGCUUGCCUAGCUACGGAGAAAGCGACGCUCUCUCCUCCUGCGUCUCGAAGGAAGAGAACUUGCCCAAAACUAACCCUCCUACGCUUCUUCUCCAUUUUUUAAAAUGUCAUGUCAGCCUGAGGGGAACUGUUCGGCGGUGUUCGGACGAAGACUCGCUGUAACGUCGUCAGAGCGCCGAACGUGAUGGUGAAAGAUUAGUUAUAAUGCUAGGCGGCUAGCGGUGGCAUCUCGAAGACUCCUGGCUGGACUGGCAGGUAGGUUCUGACAUUCCGACAUGGGCAAGCUGCAGAGCAAGUUUCGCAAGCGGUCUGAGCUGUACAGAGCCUCACAGAGUGAAAAGGCAGACGGCGUGCUUGACAGCCAGGUGGUUCAGUAUGAACCGGCCCACCGUGGCUCGGUCAACACCGUUACAAAUCUCAGCGCCCAUCUGUGCGUUUCUGGAGGCACCGACCAGGCGGUGGUGGUGUAUGACUGGAAACGAGGCCACAUGUGUCAAUGCUUCCAGGGUCAUAACAGAGAGGUUACCAAGGUGGUGUGUUAUCCGGGCAGCACGUGGAUCUUCAGCGCCUCGCGGGACAAGUCCGUCCUAAUGUGGGACUUGAACCAGGGGGACGAGCCCAUUCAGGAGUUUUCCGGGCACCAGUUAGUGGUCAACGGGCUUGCAAUCAGCCCCGAUGGGAGGAAACUGUGCACGGGGUCCCGCGACAACUGCAUGUGCCUGUGGGACAUUGAAUCUGCGAAAUGCGAGCAGAGACACAACAUUUCCCGAAACCUGGUGACACACGUGUGUUGGGUGCCAGGCAGCUCCUCGCUCGUGCAGACGUCGGAGGACAAAACCAUACGAGUGUGGGACAGCCGAGCGUGGCAGGUGACAAACACUUUUCCGGCCAAGCAAUACAUCCAGACCCACUGUGACGUUUCCGACAACGGAAAUCACCUGGUGUCCAGCAGCAACGGUUUUGGAGGCCAAGGCUGCGAGGCUACGCUGUGGGAUCUGCGUCAGCCAGGCUGCAAAGUGGUGGAGUACCGUGGCCACCUGCAGACCACCUCGUGCUGCGUCUUCCUUCCUGCGGCAGCGGGAGGCAACGGCGCCGCUCUGGUGGCCACGUCCUCACAUGACAGCUCCGUCAAAGUGUGGGACCAAAACUCAGCAGUGUGCUUAGCCACCCUGUCGCUGGACGGCGCCGGUCCUCUGGUGUCUUUGGCGGCCAGCGACGCCUCCAAUGUGCUCUGUGCCAGCUUCAACAGUGGAAUUCAUCACAUCCAGCUUCUCCAAACACCAGAGAUCGCUUCAGGAGACGCCGACCACACAGACAUCAGAGUACUGUCCCGGUUCUAGAAGGUAGCGUUUACUGGAUCAAUAUGUGCCUCACAAAUCAAAUGAAAUGUCCAGAGUUCAAACCGUCGUCGUCGCGAUGUCAGCGAGCCUAGUGGCACUUUAGCUCGAUGAGCAUCCCAAAAGUUUGAACUCUGUUUUUCACUCUGUUACCAGACGUGUCUGCAAAGUUUAGUUUAGAAUGAAACGAUGUGUCACAAGAAAGACAUAUAUUGGAGGAGCUUAAAAAAAACAAAGUAGAAACUAAAUAAUAUUUACACACAAAGAAAAAUUUCUAUUUGGGGAUGUAAAAUAAAGUACAGAUUAAAAGGAGAAAAAGCACCCCCAAAAAAAUCCAAUUUGGAUUGAAUAAAAAUGUUAAAUUGGAUUUCAGUUAGACAUGUCACAUGGUGACUCGUUUGACUUAUUUUCUGUUUUAUUUGUUCGUAGAUAUCAAAGCCUGGUGUCCUAGUUAUGAAAUCACCAGUGCAGUGGUUUCCUUAUGGGAGCAUUCUUUUGCAAAUGUGGACAACCUGGAAGUCAACCAGUGUCACAGAACUGAUUGUGAUUCUUCUUUUAUGAUUUGCAAGAUUUUCAACUUUUUGGGGGAAAAUGUUAUGUUGAUUGAUGAAAUGACAAGGAUUCAGCCUUCAGCCAUUUUGAAUAGCCCUUGUCCCCUUCAGGGACGUUGGGAUUGGGAGCCUGGUCACCACAGGACAAUUGCAAAUGGAGACACUGACCUUGAAUGUGAACCGCCACACGACCUAUGGACCAGUUUGGUACUCCCAAAUUGUGGAUUCUUUUAAAAUGUCAUCAGUCUGAAGCCAAAUAGAGUAUUUUGUAGACAUGUAGAGCUGAACAUAUUUUUAAGAUAAAGCUGCAGAACUAACUAUGCAAUAAGGUAUGAGGUUUGUAGGAAAAUAUUCAACGCGAUGAGCAAAUCAUGGAAUAUAAAUGAUUGCAAAUGCAAAUAAAUUUGUCAACAUGCCAUGUCAGUUUGACAAGGUGUGGCAUAGCGGCAUGUAUGACACCCCUGCACACUUA